CUGCUUCAGCUUCAAAUCAGACACCUAAAACCCCCUCUGCAUCUAAUAGCUUCCAAUCACAAUACUUUCGGUUCUCUCCCACCGAGUAAGAUUACUUAAACCCUCUCUGCUACUUCAUUCUAUUUCGGUUUUGAAGGAAUCGUGUGAGUUAAUUUGGGGGUUUUUUAGGAUCUAAUGGCGCCCCUAAUGAGCCGACGGUUUUGGACAAGGAACAGAUUUUUGGUAUGGCCGAGAAGGAGAUGGAAUACAGGGUUGAGUUGUUCAACAAGCUUACCCACACAUGUUUCAACAAGUGCGUCAAGAAGAAGUACAAGGAGUCUGAGCUAAAUAUGGGUGAAAACAGUUGCAUUGAUCGGUGCGUGUCCAAAGUAUCUAUCUGUUUCAUAUGAUUUUAGUGCUAGUGUAUUGGAUUACGUUAUAAGAACAAUCCCAGUCAUCCUUCAAAUAUUUUUAUUUCUUCAUUUCUGCUGUCGUUGAUAUUUGUCACUUCAAUUUAUUCUCUUUAGCUACUUCCACUGCAUCUCCAAAUAAUUUCUUUGAAAAAUUGGGCAUUCAUAGUGAAGAGUUCUUAAUUAUUUUGUUUUCUUGAAUAAUUGCCAUUGUUUUCGACGGUUUGGUUACACCUUAAAAUGUUGGAAUGCUUCUACCUUUUCGGCAGCUUUGUUAAGGAAAAGUUAUGAGGAUU